AUGCCAAGUGUUAUUGGACAAAAUGCGCCAGUAAUUCAAAGUAUGAGCAGUGGCCCUGAAGACAUGGUUGAUCGUCGGAAUCCAACGCCAUAUUCCUAUGGUAGCCAGUCAGACCAGUUGAUGACAUCUCAGCCUCUUUUUGUUUCCCCUGCUACAGCGUCCAUGCCAGUACAACGCAAACUUUAUGAUCUGCCUGAAUUUUGUGGUACUGCCGAGGACUGGCCAAUGUUUUUGUCUGCCCUUGAACAUUCGACAGCCGCAUAUUCGUACAAUAAUUUUGAAAAUUGUUUGAGAUUGCAGAAGGCUUUGAAAGGUGAAGCCAGAGAGUGUGUGAAGUCGUUGCUCAUCCACCCAAAUAAUGUGCCAACAGUUAUAGAGCAAUUAAAGCUACAAUAUGGUCGCCCAGAGUUGCUUAUUGGAUGCCAGUUGCAACAGAUGAAGGAAGUUCAGCCCAUAGCAGAAAACGCGAUCGAUAAAUUGGUGCCAUAUUCCAUUAAGGUCAGAAAUUUAGCAGCAUUUUUGGAAUCUGCCAAUGGUCAUCAACAUUUGUCGAAUCCAACUCUGAUGGAGGAGUUAGUCCAGAAGCUUCCAAUGAGUAAACGUUUGGAUUGGGCCCAGUUUGCUUCAACUUUACCUCAGUUGCCGACUAUUUCGGAUUUUAGUACCUGGCUCCAGCGUGUUGCAAAUUUGGUAAGAAGUGUGCAAAUAAGUAGUUCAAGUGGCGGUAGAUCUAGCAGUGAUCCAAAAAGAAAAGUGGUUUUAUAUGCUUCUGAUGGCCCAGAACGGCAAUGGAGUGAAGUGAAGAGAUUGAAGUUGUGUUUUUCGUGUCUCAGUGGUGGCCAUUCAUGUAAAGACUGUCGUCGGCGCAAGCAGUGUCCCAUGGAAAAGUGCCAAAGAAAUCACAAUAAAUUAUUGCAUGAAACUAAACCUAAUGAACCAAGCGAACGAUCCGUAAAUGUGCAGCCAACAGAGAGAUCUUCAACAGUCGAGCCAGUGCUUAGUUGUGUUUCCAGAGCUAGUGAAAAAAGUGAUUUGUUGUUCAGAGUGCUCCCAGUGGUUCUUUAUGGACCAAAUUGUUCUAUUGAAACUUAUGCACUCCUAGAUGAAGGUUCUUCGGUGACAAUGAUGGAUAGCUCUUUAGUGAGGCAGCUUGGACUGCAAGGUCGACAAAGUCAAUUGAAUUUGAGUUGGUAUGGUGGUAAAUCAGCACAAGAAGCUGUCAUGGUGGUGGAUCUUCAUGUGAGCGGUGUUAAUAAGAAGAGGAAAUACGCAUUGAAAAAUGUGUAUGGUGUCUCGAAUUUGAAGUUGCCUAGUCAGAGCUUUAAUGCGGAUUUAGUAAAGAAUUGUGGUGUUCCUUUAUGCUCCUAUGAAUGUGUGGCUCCAAAGGUACUGAUUGGUUUAGAUCAUUGCCAUUUAGGAUUGCCCGAUGAAAUAGUCCCUUUGGAAGAUGCUGGUCCAUAUGCUGCCAAUACGCCUCUUGGAUGGGUUGUUUUUGGAAACGUGAAAAUAGGUCGCCCUGGAACACAAACUUGUUUGCUGACAACACAGUUGGAUAAUUUGAAUAAUUUGGUGGCAAGUUAUUUUGAAACAGAAAAUUUUGGUGUUAAGGCUCUACCGGUGAUUAAGUCAAGAGAUGAUUUGCGUGCACGAGAGAUAUUGAGAAAUUCGACGAAGAGGGUUGCCGGAAGAUUUGAAUCCAGACUACUAUGGUGUAAUGAUGACGUAGUCCUGCCGGAUAGCUAUUCCAUGGCACUUAAUCGAUUUUUUGGAUUGGAAAGGAAAAUGAAAAAUAAUGCGGAUUUUGGUGUGGCCUAUAAGAAAAUAAUAAGUGAAUAUUUGAAAAAAAAUUAUGUACGCAAAUUAUCAUUGAGUGAAGUUGAUACAUUUCAUCCGAGAACGUGGUACUUGCCCCACUUUGGUGUCGUUAACCCUAAUAAGCCAGGGAAAAUUCGUUUGGUGUUUGAUGCGGCAGCAAAGGUGGAAGGUGUCUCAUUGAAUUCAAAGUUAUUGAAAGGCCCUCAGCAGUACAAACCGUUGCCAUCCGUUUUGUUUAAUUUCAGAGUCGGUUCCGUAGCUGUAUGCGGAGAUAUAAAGGAAAUGUUUCAUCAAGUUGUUGUUGCUGAAGAAGACAGGUGUUCGCAGAGGUUCUUGUGGCGAGAUAAUGAAAGUGGUCCACCGGAAGUGUAUGAGAUGCUUGUGAUGACGUUUGGAGCUGCCUGUUCACCCUGUAUUGCCCAUUAUGUGAAGGAAGCAAAUGCAAUGGAGUAUCGGGAUCGUUUCCCUAGAGCCGUGAAGUCAAUUCUGGAUCAUCAUUAUGUAGAUGACUUUGUAGACAGUUUUGUUAAUCCGUCAAAAGCCAUUGAAAUUGCCGUACAAGUUCGUGAAAUACAUAAAGCUGCUGGGUUUGAAAUGCGUAAUUUUACAUCGAAUUCAUCAGAGGUGGUUGUGGCUCUCGAAGGCAGUUUAAAUCAUCAGGUCAGUUUCUUAGGUGGCUUAAAGGAGUUGGACGGUUCAACUGAAAAGGUUCUUGGCAUGCUUUGGGAUCCAAAGGAUGACGCGUUCAAAUUUGUUUUGAAAUUCCAUCGUGUGAAUUCGGACGUGAUCAAUGGUAAAAGUUGUCCCACAAAGCGUGAGUUGUUAUGUGUCGUAAUGUCCAUUUUUGAUCCAAUUGGUUUUUUGUGCCAUUUUAUGAUAACUGCCAAACUUUUGAUGAGAGAAGUCUGGAGACAUAGAGUACUUUGGGACGAGAUGUUGCCCGUGUCAUUACAAGCGAUGUGGAAUAAUUGGCGCCAAGAGCUAAGAAAUGUUGUCCAUGUAAAGGUUCCACGAUGGUAUUUUGGAAAUGGUUUGCCCUUGGAGUUAGAGCUGCAUGUUUUUGUUGAUGCCAGUGAAGAUGCCUUCGGUGCAGUGGCCUAUUGGAGAUAUACAACAUCUGAUGGACAAAUAGGAGUGUCGUUUAUAUCUGCCAAAUCGAAAUGUGCCCCAUUGAAAUGUAUGACCAUUCCCAGAUUAGAACUACAAGCCGCCGUUUUGGGGACCCGAUUGAUGGACACUAUAAUUAAGGAACACGAUCUCAAUGUUUCUCGUCGAAUCUGUUGGAGUGACUCUACAACUGUCAUUAGCUGGAUUGGUUCUGAAAGUAGGAGAUAUAAACCAUUUGUUGCCCAUCGAAUUGCCGAAAUACUUGAUUCGACACGCCCAACUGAUUGGAGAUGGUUGCCUACGGAUCUAAAUGUUGCCGAUGACAUUACAAGAGCUAAAAAUGAAGUUGAUUUUGCCAUUGAAACACGUUGGUUCCAAGGGCCACAAUUUUUGUAUGAAAACGAAGCUGAUUGGCCGAAUAAGAAUUCUGAGAAAUCUGAUGAUUUGUGUGAAGAAGAACUACGCCCCAAAUUUGUCAUGCUGGUUAGUACAAAUUUAGUUAUUGAUUUUAAUCGUUUUUCUUCAUUUCUCAGGCUUAAACGUACUAUGGCUUGGGUUCUGAGAUUUAUUAAUCGUUGCCGAAAAGAUGAUAAAUAUAAUGGUUCGAGAUGCCUAUCUGCUGAAGAGUUAAGGGUUGCUGAAACUAGUCUGUGUCGUCUGUCGCAAGAAGAGUGUUUCGCCCUUGAAAUAAACAUUUUAAAAUCUGGUCGUUCUUUAAAAAAGGAAACCGAGUUAUUUUCGCUUUCGCCUUAUUUUGAUGAAAAUAAUUUACUUCGAGUGAGCGGACGUAUUGAUGCUGCGAGUUGGUUGCCUUUAGAUGCUAGGCACCCCAUUAUUUUGUCGCCCUGUCACCGCUUUGCACAACUAUUUGUUGCCCAUGUGCAUAAUAACAUGAGACAUCAAAAUCUUGAGGCUACCAUAGGCGAAAUAAGGAAAAGGUUCUGGAUUCCACGACUACGAAAGCUGUUGAGUAAGACCACAUCAAAUUGCAACAUUUGUAAGAUUCGACGUGCCGUUCCAGUGGCUCUUUUUAUGGGAUCAUUGCCAAGUGAUAGACUAACUCCAUACGUCCGUCCAUUUACUUAUACUGGUGUGGACUAUUUUGGCCCAAUAAACGUGACUGUUGGUAGACGUCAUGAAAAACGUUGGGUUGCCCUGUUUACGUGCCUCACAAUCAGAGCAGUACAUUUAGAAGUGGCUUAUGAUCUUUCGACUGAUGCGUGUAUUUUGUGUAUACGGAAUUUUAUAAAUCGUCGUGGCACCCCGUUGAAGAUUCGUAGCGACAACGGAAAGAAUUUUGUUGGAGUUAACCAAGAAGCCCAGCGAUUUGAUGAAGUUUUUGAUCUUGUUAAAAUUGAAGAUGAGUUGUCCACAAAGGGCAUUGAAUGGCAGUUUAAUUGUCCACAUAAUCCUGCAGAAGGUGGUGUAUGGGAGCGAAUGGUUCAAUGUGUUAAAAAGGUUUUAAGAGUAACUCUUAAAGAAGUCGCCCCAAAAGAGCACACAUUGCAAAGUUUUUUAAUUGAAGCCGAAAACAUCGUAAACUCUCGCCCAUUGACUCACUUGCCUGUCAGCCCUGAAGACGAAGAACCAUUGACGCCAAAUCAUUUCUUGUUGGGAUCUACAAAUACAGCUCAAACACCAGAAGGUAUUGAAAUAACAUAUAUUGAAUAUUUGCCCACACUUACAAGACGGUGCAAAUGGUGUGAAUAUACCAAGCCUGUGGCUCCGGGUGAUCUUGUACUAAUUUGUGAUCCAGCUGUUUCCCGUCGAGAUUGGAAGAGAGGUCGUGUCAUAAAUGUGUUCCCUGGCAGUGAUGGUGUAAUACGGAGAGCUGAUGUCCAAACAAGUAGUGGAAUACUUAAACGCCCGGUUUCCAAACUAGCAGUCCUUGAUUUGUCCUUGAAUGUCGCCUGA